AACAUCCGGUCUCUGAUGGGUGCAGAAAAGACCAAGGGCUUCUGCCAGCUGGUUGUCUCCUCCAACCUGCGGGAUGGCACCUCCCACCUGGUCCAGUCGGCCGGACUUGGGGGCAUGAAGCACAACACGGUGCUCAUGGCCUGGCCCGCGUCCUGGAAGCAGGUGGACAACCCUUUCUCCUGGAGGAACUUCAUUGACACCGUCCGUGACACCACUGCGGCACAGCAGGCCUUGCUGGUGGCCAAAAAUGUGGACUUGUUUCCACAAAACCAGGAGCGCUUUGGCGGUGGGAGCAUUGACGUGUGGUGGAUCGUGCACGAUGGUGGCAUGCUCAUGCUGCUGCCCUUCCUCCUGCGCCAGCACAAGGUGUGGCGCAAGUGCCGGAUGCGCAUCUUCACAGUGGCCCAGGAGGACGACAACAGCAUCCAGAUGAAGAAGGACCUGCAGACGUUCCUGUACCACUUGCGGAUCAGCGCCGAGGUUGAGGUGGUAGAGAUGGUUGAAAAUGACAUUUCUGCGUUCACCUAUGAAAAGACUCUGAUGAUGGAGCAGAGAUCCCAGAUGCUGAAGCAAAUGCAGCUGUCCAAGAACGAGCAAGAGAGAGAGGUGGGUCCAGAGCCUCAAAGCCCCUCCCAGA